GUGUUGUCAUUUUCCCCGCCCCUCGCAGCUUGGGCUGGUCUUUGCAGCUUUAACAGGCUCGCGCGGCCUGGGGAGUCUUGCUCUAACGCCCCCUCCCCCCCGCACCUCAUCAUUUUUGGGGUGAGCCCUCGCGCCGCCCCCUCAGCGAGGCACCUCCCAUCCCGCCGGCCGAAUCCGCCCCCCACGACUGCCGAACUCUCUGGGGUGCCCCUUGAAGGGGGGGGGGGUUACAGUGACCACCAGCCUCCCAUCUCAACCCAGAGAGGGUGAGGGAAACGGAGGCCCGCUCUCUCCCCACCUCCUUGAGGCAGCGGGGCCCCCCCAGUAUGGCGGCGGCCAAGGAGGAGGGGCCAGGAGCACGCGCCAGAUUUGAAGACAAAACUGAUGCAGUUUUUGGAAACCUUGGAGAAAAACGUGCUGACCUUGUUCAUACGGAAAUGGCUGAGAAAACAGUCCAUGGUCUAAGCCCUGCCUUUGACAGCAUAGCCUACAGAAUGCAGAACCGGACAGGCUCUACAAACUCGCUGCUGGAUGACAGCGAUUACUUCCUGAACUCGGGGGAUCUUACAGGGAUUCCUGUUGUUGGGAGUGAUAAUGAGGAUGAACAGAACUUUGCCCCAAAGGAUGGUCUCCCUUCUGCCAUUCGCCCAGACGAUAGCCGAGGAGACGGGCGGAGGGUUCGGGAUCAUGCCAUGGACAACGAGAAAGACUUGCAAAUGCAAAAUAUGAUCCAGAAGGACCUCUCUUCCCCUUUUGACAAAGGACCCCCUGUAUUUAAGCCCAUUCGGAAAGAUUUCAGCAUAGCAAGAGAUGAUGGUAAGGAGGCUUUUUUGUCAAAGGAGAAAACGAGAGAAGGACCUUUUCAGGAGCGGGAUAAACGCUUAGAGAAAGUGCCGAAGGAUUUGGAUUCAAGAUUGAAAAGCAGUUUUCUCAAUAAAUCAGUUUCUAAUCAAGUAGAAGAAACAUUACGGAUGCAGUUAGCACCACAAACACCAGAUGUUAACUUCAGGGAGUCUAACUAUCCAUUUGCUAUCAAGGAAUCAGUCAGUCAAGAUCUCGGGAAUUCCUAUGCACCAAAUAUCCGAAUAAAGGAAGAGCCUUUGGACAAUGACUAUGACAAGGCGCUGGCGCCUCAGCAGGGGCUGCUGAACAAAAUUAAGGAUGAACCAGAAAAUACUGAGGAAUAUGGCCGGCAGCCAAAAGCUCAGGAAGGGGAGCUGAAGAUAAGUGCUGUGUUUUCGGUCAGCGGUAGUCCUCUCGCUCCACAGCUGACGUCGAGUUUCCCACCCAAUGCCCCUCCCUCUGGCAUGAACAAACUGCUUCCUUCGGUCCCAAGUGCAGCAGUUCGUGUUUCCUGUUCGGGCUGCAAAAAGAUCCUCCAGAAGGGGCAAACAGCAUAUCAGAGGAAAGGUUCCACUCAGCUCUUCUGUUCCACACUGUGCCUGACUGGAUACACGGUUCCAGCCACCCGACCACCAGCUUCUACCAAGAAAACCUGUUCCAGCUGCUCAAAGGAGAUUCUUAACCCAAAGGAUGUGAUCACUGCUCAGUUCGACAACACAAACUCCAGCAAGGAUUUCUGCAGUCAGUCGUGUCUUUCCCUGUAUGAGCUGAAAAGGAAGCCUGUUGUCACUAUCCACACGAACAGCAUUUCCACCAAGUGCAGCAUGUGCCAGAAGAAUGCAGUGAUUCGGCAUGAAGUGAACUACCAGAAUGUCGUGCACAAGCUCUGCAGCGAUGCCUGCUUCUCUAAGUUCCGCUCAGCGAACAACUUGACCAUGAACUGCUGUGAAAACUGUGGGGGUUACUGUUACAGUGCCUCGGGGCAGUGCCACAUGCUUCAGAUAGAGGGACAGUCCAAGAAGUUUUGCAGCUCAACAUGUGUCACUGCAUACAAACAGAAAUCAGCAAAAAUCACUCCUUGCGCACUGUGUAAAUCGCUGAGGUCUUCAGCUGAGAUGAUUGAAAGCACUAACAAUGUUGGGAAGACAGAGCUCUUUUGCUCUGUGAACUGCCUCUCUGCACACCGAGUCAAAAUGGUCACAUCUUCAGGUGUCCAGGUCCAAUGUAACAGCUGUAAGACCUCAGCCAUCCCUCAGUAUCACCUAGCUAUGUCUGAUGGGAGCAUACGCAACUUUUGCAGUUAUAGCUGUGUGGUAGCUUUUCAGAACUUAUUCAACAAGCCCGCAGGAAUGAACUCCUCAGUGGUGCCCUUGUCGCAGGGCCAGGUGAUUGUCAGCAUCCCCUCGGGACCAACGGUUUCAGCAGCGGGCAGCACUACCUCAACGGUCUCCCCCAGCUCUGUGAGCAGCUCAGCUGCGGCCGGGCUCCAGAGACUCGCUGCCCAGUCCCAGCAAGUUACCUUUGCCCGCACAGUUGUCAAACUCAAGUGUCAACACUGUAACCGCCUCUUUGCAACCAAGCCAGAACUGCUUGAUUAUAGGGGCAAAAUGUUCCAGUUCUGCGGGAAGACCUGCUGUGACGAAUACAAGAAGAUAAACAGCGUCAUGUCGAUGUGCGAGUACUGUAAGAUUGAGAAGAUUAUCAAAGAAACAGUGCGGUUUUCAGGCAUCGACAAGUCAUUCUGUAGUGAGGGCUGUAAGCUGCUGUAUAAGCAUGACUUGGCCAAACGUUGGGGUAACCACUGUAAGAUGUGCAGCUACUGUUUGCAGACGUCUCCCAAGCUGGUUCAGAAUCACUUUGGGGGCAAAGUGGAGGAGUUCUGCUCAGAAGACUGCAUGUCAAAAUUCACGGUUUUGUUCUAUCAGAUGUCCAAAUGCGACGGCUGCAAAAGGCAGGGGAAGCUCAGUGAGUCCCUGAAAUGGCGAGGGGAAAUCAAGCACUUCUGCAACUUGCUUUGCAUUCUCAUGUUUUGCAAUCAGCAGUGUGCAUCAGACCCACCCCCACCUCCACUGCCACCUCCGCCUCCACCCUCCCAGAACAACACAGCAAAUCUUUCCAUGACACCAGCAUCUUCAGCAGGCCCUCCUCCCUCUCUCAGGAAGGAUUCCACCCCAGUUAUUGCCAAUGUGGUUUCCCUCGCCAGUGCACCAGCUGCCCAACCCACAGCAAAUUCCAAUAACGUUUUGCAAGGUGCAGUUCCUACUGUAACAGCAAAGAUCAUUGGAGAUGCAAGUACCCAGACAGAUGCUCUUAAGCUGCCCCCUUCGCAGCCUCCCCGGCUUCUAAAGAACAAAGCUUUGCUGUGCAAACCCAUAACGCAGACAAAGGCCACUUCUUGCAAGCCCCAUACCCAGCACAAGGAGUGCCAGACAGAGGAGGAGGAGGAAGUCCCACCAAAGGUCAUUAUGGUGCCCGUUCCUGUACCAGUGUUUGUGCCAGUUCCUCUUCAUCUGUUCACCCAGUACACACCAUUUCCACUGGGACUGCCAAUACCUGUCCCUGUUCCCAUGUUUGUCCCCCCUGGCCCUGAGAAUGCUAGCAAGGUGGUAGAAUCCAUUCCAGAAAUCAAGGAGAAGAACUCUGGCAAUCCCUUCGAGGCGGAUCUCCUCCAGGUGGCAGAAAUGAUUGCAGAAGAUGAGAAGGAUAAGGAACACUCUCGAGGAGGCUCCCAAACCUCUGACCAUGAGCUCUUCUUGGACCCGAAGAUAUUUGAAAAAGACCAAGGCAGCACAUACAGCGGUGAUUUGGAAUCUGAAGCUGUGUCAACUCCUCACAGCUGGGAAGAUGAGCUGAACCAUUAUGCCUUACGCUCAAAUGCAGCGCCGGAGCCGGAGCCAGAGCCAAGGCAGUUCUCCAAAGGGGAGCUGGAGCAGGACUUGGAGGCUGACUUCCCCGCAGACUCCUUUGACCCAAUCAGCAAAGGGCUAGGUCUUCACUCGCGUGCACGGGCAAGGCGGAGACACAGAGAUGGUUUCCCACAACCGAAAAGAAGGGGGAGGAAGAAGUCCAUAGUGGCUGUGGAGCCCCGGAUGUUGAUGCAGAGCUCCUACCCUGGCUGUUCUGUUUCUGGGAUGAGUCUCAAGUACAUGUACGGGGUGAACGCCUGGAAGAACUGGGUUCAGUGGAAAAACGCACAGGAAGACCAUGGAGAUUUGAAAUUUGGAGUUCGGCCCGUGAAGCUCAAAGAAGACAUCCUAUCCUGUUCUUUUUCGGAGCUGAGUUUUGGCUUAUGCCAGUUUAUCCAGGAGGUGCGGCGACCAAAUGGUGAAAAGUAUGAUCCCGACAGCAUUUUAUACCUGUGCCUUGGAAUUCAGCAGUACCUGUUUGAGAAUGGUAGGAUAGACAACAUUUUUACUGAGCCCUACUCCAGGUUCAUGAUCGAGCUCACUAAACUGUUAAAAAUCUGGGAGCCUACGAUACUUCCAAGCGGUUACAUGUUCUCAAGGAUCGAAGAGGAGCAUUUAUGGGAGUGCAAGCAGCUGGGCGCCUACUCCCCCAUUGUUCUCCUGAACACACUACUUUUCUUCAACACCAAAUACUUCCAGCUGAAGAACGUCAGUGAGCACAUGAAGCUGUCCUUUGCGCAUGUCAUGCGACGCACCCGGACAUUGAAAUACAACACUAAGCUGACUUAUCUACGCUUCUUCCCUCCUUUCCAAAAGCAGGAGAUAGAAUCAGAUAAAUUAGUAGGCAAAAGAAAACGCCACGAGGGUGACGAGGUCCCAACAGCCGUGGAGAUGGUCGAGAACACUGAUAACCCUUUGAGAUGUCCAGUCCGGCUCUAUGAAUUCUACUUGUCAAAAUGUUCUGAAAGUGUGAAGCAGAGAAGUGAUGUCUUUUACCUCCAGCCGGAGCGUUCAUGCGUCCCCAAUAGCCCCAUGUGGUACUCCACUAUGCCAAUAGACCCUGGGACUUUGGACAUCAUGUUAACGCGCAUCCUUAUGGUCAGGGAGGUACAUGAAGAGCUUGCCAAAGUCAAACCGGAGGACUCUGAUCCUGAACUUUCAGACUAAAGAUGGGAGGAGGAGGUGGCGUUCCCUCUCUUUUUUUGUGGUUUUAUUUUUUAUUCCUUACCCUUUCCAAUAACAACUUGCGAAAGCACCAAACUGUGAAGCCUUUGGGAUACAUUCUCUGUCUCGUCGCACCAACCAGAAACUUCUCAGGAGGUGCCAUGUGAGCCAUAAUGGAGUGCAAGCUAGAGUCUCAAAGGACAGAAGUACAGCAAGAAGGCGCAAGAAACAGGAUUCUAAGUGGCUGGGGUUGGUCCUGAAAAACACACUCGUUAAGAUAAAAUUUCGUACCUGUUCUCCCCUCCCCACCAGUGGUGCUUGUUUUGGGAUAAAAAAUGAUUAUGGAUUUUUUUUCCUUAAAAGGAAACCUGUUGUGUAUAUCCUCUUCCCUGUAACCAUGGAAGCAAAGAGAGCUAGAGUCGGUUUUCGGCUGGUUUUUGUGGCCUAGCUGCUGGUGAUACAUUUGUGGAGUUUACAAAAUUUUCCAUAUGGUGCAAGGCAGAGUGUGAUAAAGGUGCAAACCAGUGGAAACGGUGUCUCUUUCUCACACAUGUACACACACACACCAGUUCCCUUCCUCCCUCAUUAUUUUUAAAAACUUGUAUCUGUUUAGUAAGGCUGAUGUCAGCCAGAAGCUGGAAGGAGGGUGUCCAAGGACUCUGUUGUCACAGGGGAGAACUUGGCGGGGAUGCUGCAAAAUUCCCUUGCUUUUCAAAUGGUGGUUUUGUUGGGCCUUUCACUGGGCAGCUGCUGUGAGCCAAGCCAAUUGUUUUAUUAGAAGAUUGGUAAUUCCAGAGUGUAUGUAUGCAAAUGGCUUGCCACCAAAUUCCCUCCCCUAUGUCGCUCCCCUGCCCAUUGUCAAAUUCCAAGAUGCACAAAAAGGUAGUUCAAGGUGUCCCUUUCUCUCACUGGCAGCUUAGCUCCCCCCUCUAUCCUGUCUGAAAUUCUUCGUUGAUAUAUAUACACUGCUAUUUUGGAUGGAAAGGCCCUUAAUUUUCAGGUCUCUUUUUGUUUGGAAAGAAAAGGAUAUUUUCUCUCUCUUUCCCCCGUCUAUGCUAUUUGCCCUCCAAAGACACAGAAAAAAAUGUCUGUCUGAAAGAGAAUUUUUGAUGGCAUGUCUGUUACCCUCUCUCUUUCUUUUCUGUUACCUAUACUCCUCUCCCCAGGUGGAAAUUCCCUCCCUUCAUCCCUCACCAGGUUAAAUGCAUUUCACCGCAUUCUCCAAAAAAAGUUUUGGGGUUUUUAUGUCUCAGUGAUAACAUUUAAGUUCAGACUAUUUUUAAAAGCAGAGAACUGUAUAUACCGACAGUUUUGUCCAAGGAUCAUAUUUCUAAAACAGAGUUAUGUUUUUCUUAAGAAACAAAACCCUCUGGCUGAAAAUCUCAACAGCUCUGAACAAAAAUCUCCUUGUGUGUGUGUGUGUUCACGCGUUUGAGGUUUUCUUUUUUAGCAGUAACAAAGGUAACAAUAAAAGCAGAAAAUUUAGAGUUUUGCCAUUGUGUCCUUGGUAGUACUGUUCCUGCUGUAAUGAAAUUCACUAAUGUAUUUUUAAAUACCGAAAAUUGAGUGAAAUAAGUUUGUUUUUUGUAUCCCCAUCCCUGCUCUCAAUUUCUGUACAAUCUGUCUCCUUCUUCCCACCCCACCCCAAUGUUGAUAAUUUCUGAACACAGAUCUCAUUUAAUUUUAUAUCCUGAGCUAAAAAUAAUUUCAAAAAGAGGAAGAAGAAUUGAAACUGGGCCAUAAACUCUCCAGAAAAUGUCCUAGAUUUUGAAAUUCAUUAAUUUUUUUCCUAAGUGUUUUUAAUGCUAAUUUCCCCCCAGCCUUCCCCCUUCCCGUUGUAACUGUAUGAAUACGUAGCUAAAUAGCAAACACACUGUUACUGGUUUUUCACAGGGAAUAUGGUUUCCUUGAAGUUUAAAACAAAGUCCCUCACAAUUUUUUUCUAAACCCAACUUUUUUUUAAACAACAGAUACAAUCCAUUUAUUGUACGGCUAUUAAAAAAAGAGAAAAAUUUUAAAAAAUGGUGUCUUGGUUGCAUGUAAGUUUGCCCAGAGUCCUUAUACUAAUCUGUAAUUGAGAAAGCCCACAGUAGGUGGGGGAUUCCUCAGAAGUGCAGCUAUUUAUGUCUGUCAGAUUGUUUCUUUAUUUUUUUUUUCUUAGAAAUUGUGUGAAUUAAUUUUUUUCUUCAGGGAAUUAAUAAGCAAGGGAAAUAUCCAAACCAUCUUGUUGAAUUCUUAAAUGGAAAAAAAAAACUUUUUGUGGGUUUUCCCUUGAUAGGAGUUAACAGACAGAUUCCCGUAGAAUAAAGCAGUAUAUUUGUAUAUGA